GUGACACUUUGUUUUGGUUCCUCUUCAUUCAGGAUCCAUGGAGUUCCACCUAGCGGUUCCGCGUCUUCCUCCUGCUCUUUGUUCAAACACAAAAGGGGGACUUCACAGAAUAAUGGACUACAUAUUUCUUCUGUAUUUGAAUGUGUUUUUGUUUCGUUCCUGCUCCGCCUCUCCGCCUAAUUUCGUCCUUCUGUUCGCGGAUGAUUUGGGUUUCGGGGACUUGGGCUGUUAUGGACAUCCAAGCUCACUCACUCCAAACCUGGACCGUCUAGCAGCAGGAGGACUCCGGUUUACGGACUUUUAUUGCACUAGUCCUGUAUGCAGCCCCUCCAGGGCAUCAUUGUUGACAGGUCGAUAUCAGACCCGCUCAGGUGUCUACCCAGGAGUGCUGUACCCGAGCUCCAAAGGCGGUCUACCUCUGAAUGAGACCACCAUCGCUGAAGUGUUAAAACCUCUGGGCUAUGCUACAGCUGCCAUAGGGAAGUGGCAUUUAGGAGUCGGUGCCAACGGGAAGUAUCUUCCAACCAGGCAAGGGUUUGAUGAGUACCUGGGGAUUCCCUACUCCCAUGACAUGGGCCCCUGUUAUAACUUGACUUGUUUCCCUCCUGAUGUCAAGUGCUUUGGACUGUGUGAUGUUGGCACUGUAACAGUUCCGCUAAUGCACAAUGAGAUCAUCAAGCAGCAACCAGUCAACUUCCUAGAUCUGGAGAGGGCUUAUAGUGACUUUGCAACAAGUUUUAUUUCAACAGCAGUCAAGAAAAAUCAGCCUUUCUUCCUCUACUAUCCUUCCCAUCACACUCACUACCCCCAGUACGCAGGUCCAGGGGCAGCUUGGAGGACUUCACGGGGGAAAUUUGGAGAUGCUCUAUUUGAGUUUGACACCACAAUAGGAAACAUAAUGACAACCUUGGAGAAGACAGGAGCGAUCAACAACACGCUCAUCUUCUUCACUGCAGACAAUGGGCCGGAAUUGAUGCGUAUGUCUCGUGGAGGUAACGCUGGCCCUCUGAAAUGUGGAAAAGGCACCACGUAUGAGGGAGGCAUGAGAGAGCCUGCCAUUGCUUUCUGGCCGGGGACCAUCAAGCCAGGUGUGACUCAUGAAAUAGCCAGCACUUUAGAUAUUCUCCCCACAAUUGCAAGUCUGUCAGGAGCCAAACUACCACAGGUGGUGCUGGAUGGGGUGGAUAUGACGGAUUUGCUUAUCUACCAACAAAAGAGUAAAAGGGAGACGAUGAUGUUCUAUCCCACAGAUCCUAGUGAGAUGUACGGCCUGUUUGCUCUCAGGUUAGGAAAUUACAAGGCCCACUUCUAUACCCGAGGUGCUACCCACAGCGGCACCACCCCAGACCAAGCAUGCCCUGUAUUUGCAGUCCUCAAAGCCCACGACCCGCCUCUCCUUUUUGACCUGGAGGCUGACCCCUCAGAGAAUUACCCUCUCCUCCUGGCAGACAGACCAGACCUCCAGGCCCUGCUGGAGAGGAUCAAGAAGGUGAAGGAGCAAUUUGAGGCCUUAAUGGUGUUUGGAGAGAGCCAGAUGUUGAAAGGAGAAGACCCGAACCUGGAGCCCUGCUGUAAUCCUCAGUGCAAUCCCAAGCCGAGCUGCUGUCAUUGCUGAUGGGAAAAAUCCUCACAACUGCUCAUAAUGACAGUGUGGGAAAUGGUAGAGCCAUGGCACUAAUUUUGUGUGAAACUUUUGUGACUGUAAUGCUUAAAUUAUUAUUGUAAUUAUUGUACACUAAAAAGUUAUAUAGCAUCAAACUGUUUCUUCAAUGAGGGGACUAUUUUUUCACACUGUUACUAUAUGCAACUCUGUACUGUACAUUUCCUCACUAGUACUGUUUUUAAUACAUGAUUAUCUUAUUCUUAAUAUUUUGUUUAUUCCUUUAUACCAUCAAAGUUUAUCUAAAUGUUUGAAUUUUUAUUGAAAUAUGCUUUGCUACAUCUGUAAAUCCCACAAACAAUCAAAAGUGGAUUUAAACAAUAAAGACACAAUAAAUCUUUUGGACAUCAAGCAUAUAUUUUAUUCAUAAGACCAAACCCAUGACAAGGCAGAGUGAUUUUUUUGUCAUUUUUUCAGUUUUUCCCUGGAAUUUUACAAGUCCUUGUUUUUAAAGAUACAAGAUAGGAUAUGUUUGUUCUGUCACAUACUGUUUUGCUCUAGGUAUACGGUGAAGAAUCUUGUUAAUGUAAUAAAAGUUUGCUUUAACUGUUAA